AGGGAGAGCCAUUGCGAGAUAGAGCGUCGACGAAGGAACAAGAUGACAACGUACAUGAAUGAACUCUGUGACAUGGUUCCAACUUGUAGCACCCUGGCUCGAAAACCUGACAAGUUGACCAUACUGAGGAUGGCAAUUUCUCACAUGAAGACCUUAAGAGGCCCCAACACAUGUCGUAAUGAUGCAGCGUACAAACCGUCAUUCCUCACAGACCAGGAGCUUAAGCAUCUUGUUCUCGAGGCAACAGACGGAUUCCUGUUUGUUUCACAGUGUGAUACAGGCUGCAUCAUUUAUGUAUCUGAUUCAGUAACUCCAGUACUCAACCACGUUCAGUCUGAUUGGUAUGGCCACAGUUUGUAUGACCUGGUUCACCCUGAUGAUAUUGAGAAGUUGAGGGAGCAGCUGGCCAACAAUGAUAUGCAGAACUCAGGGAGGAUACUUGAUCUUAAGACUGGAACAGUUAAGAAGGAGGGCCACCAAUCUUCCAUGAGGUUGUGUCUGGGGUCGCGUCGUGGCUUCAUAGUACGAAUGCGAAUCGGGAACACUCUGAUAGAUGGCUCCACUAUGUCGACAUCCCAUGCCGUUCGACUGAGACAACGUAAUUCACUGGGUCCGAGUCAUGAUGGACACCACUAUGCUGUUGUGCACGUCACCGGAUAUGUUAAGAACUGGCCUCCUGCCGGUGCCCAGGUAGAUGCAGGUGUGGAUGAACACCACAACACCAGUCAGUGUCUUGUGGCUAUUGGCAGGCUGCAGGUCACGAGCACACCUGACACAUCUGAUCUGCAAGGAGGAGGAGCCAAUCCACAGUUCAUAUCGAGACACAACAUCGAUGGCAAGUUCUCAUUCGUUGAUCAGAGAGUGACGACAUUGCUGGGCUAUCAACCACAGGAGUUGUUAGGCAGAUCUGUUUAUGACUACUACCACCCAGAAGACCUCGAACACAUGAGAGAAACAUUUGAUCAGGUGCUGAAACUGAAAGGUCAGAUGGUUUCGGUGAUGUAUCGAUUUCGUUCCAAGACCCAGGAUUGGGUUUGGUUGAGGACGUCGUGCCAUUGUUUCAUCAAUCCUUACACAGAAGACAUCGAGUAUAUCGUAUGCACAAACAGCAAUGCUAAGUAA